AACGUCGCUUUUUGUGAGAGAAAGAAAAACAAGCACAUAAGCCGUGGUGUUUUAAAUUGAAAAAAUAUCCUAGUAAAAGUGUAUCUAGAAACACCGGCCAACAAUGGAACGGAUGGAGGUUGACGAUACUGUUGUGGACCUCAGUGUCGCUUCCGGCCGUGAUUCUCUCACUAUAACUCCGGCUACUGCUCGUGAUUUGCGUGCUCUCACUCAAAAUUCCGGUUUAACUAUAACUCCCGCAUUGCCUCCUGCUACUUCGACUUCAUCGGUAUCCGGAAGUACAUCGCCAAUUCCGGGACGGCGCGUACUACGACCCCGCACCGAGCCGAAAUCAUACGCCGAGGUUCCAGAUAUAGUACUUCUGCCCGCAAAAGUUAACGGGCGUUCUUACAAUGGUGCUGCCGCAGCUGCUUUAUCUGAAUCGGAGGAUGACGAUAUGCCACCGGUUUUUCCAAUCAAGGAGCUCACGGCGGCCGAAAUCUGGGAACGGGAACGAGGGCUGCGGAAACUUCGGGAAGAGUUACGCAGUGAGGAAACUAAGUUGGUGCUACUGAAAAAGCUAAAGCAAUCUCAACAGGUCAUGAUGAAGGAAAAUUUAAUUGUAACGCCCAGCAAUCCUAACAUGAACAAUCCAUUAGCCGCAAUUCCGGCUUCACUAACUAAAGGCUCGCUUAGUGUAACGCCAACGAACGCAGUUCCUUUACCGGCUCAUUCAAAAUCUUCCAAAGCUGUUACGGCAACUCCCGUAAAUCGCGGCUCACCGAUCAAUAUUACUCCAGUAACAAAGCCACCACAACGACAGCCAUCCCUACCAGGAGGAGCUACUCUUACACCGAGUACUCCAGGUCAACGUCAUUCUAUUGGAUUACCCAGGGCAGGAUCCAAUCUAACUAUAACACCGUCGGUCACCAUCACUCCAACAAAUGCCCCUUCCAAUAGUAUUAAGCAGCGUAAUCUAUCCGGUAAUAGCAACAUCAGCUGUAAUAACCUAAUGGAUACUAAUUUGAAGGUACAGUCCGGCCAGAUCAGCAAUUCAGUAUCCAUCACACCGGCACCACCGAUUCCUGCACAAAUAAGCUGCACUACGGUGGAACCGAUUUCGCUGAAACGCGAUCGUGAAAUCAAUAGAGAUGACUCACAGACACAAGCUCAAAGACAGGCUGCCGCAAAAUUGGCACUCAGGAAGCAGCUGGAGAAGACUUUGCUGCAAAUUCCUCCCCCAAAACCUCCACCACCGGAGAUGCACUUUAUACCGAACCCAAGCAACACUGAGUUUGUGUACUUACUUGGACUGGAGUAUGUAGUGGACUAUUUGACAAAGGACAAGAAGCAAAACCCUCCCCAGCAGCCGUACCGUUGCGCCCAGUGCAAGAUCGAUUUCACCCCCGUCUGGAAAUGGGAUAAACAGGGUAAAAGAGGAAAUCCCACUUUUCAGAACAGUCCAGGAGGAAAAGAUCUCAAAGUUAUCUGUGAACAAUGUGUUACUAGCAAUGUUAAAAAGGCUCUUAAGGCUGAGCACACAAAUCGUCUGAAAACUGCUUUCGUAAAGGCCCUCCAGCAGGAGCAAGAAAUAGAGGCUAGAUUGGCUACUCAAAGCAGUCCGUCGCCGGUGGAUAUUCGACCGACGCCAUCUUCAACUCCGAACCUACGGGAGCAGCGCGAAAUGUUGCUCGAGCAACAGCAACAACAGGAACGGCAGCAGGCCCAAGAAAGGCAGCAACAACGAGAACGUGAACAGCAACAACAACAGGAAAGACAAGCGGCUGCUCAGGCUCAACGCCAAAAAGAGCAGCAAGAACAGCUUCGACAGCAGCAGCUACAGCAACUGCAGCAACAACAGCUUCAGCAACAAAUCCAACAGCAGCAAUUGCAACAGUUGCAACAGCAGCAACAGCAAGAACAACAGCAACGUCAUCAUCAGCUGCAGCAACAACAUGCUCACCUUCAACAGCAGCCAUCGAAAUCGAAGACACCGACACCGACUCCUAGACCGACACCAACCCCACCGAGCCAGCAGACACCACCGCCGGCUUCAAGCUCACGAUCUAGCCGACAUAGUGCCACAGCAAAUGCAGCCGCUGAAGCAGCAGCAGCUCAACUGACCGCACUUGCCGGUCUCAGCGGUCUUGGCCAGCUUGGUGCGCUCGGAAAUCUUGGAAGCUUGGGAAAUACAACGGCUGCAGCGGCUGCCAUGCAGGCCUUCCAACAGCAAUUAUUCAGAGGAAUACAACAAGGGCUUUCCACAGGCAAUCUAAACAAUCUGCAGCAUAUGAUGCAGUUCUCACCACUAUUGUAUUCAUAUCAGCUGGCGAUGGCUCAAGCAGCAGCCUUAUCAGCUGCAGGCAGUAAAAGCGGUAACAGUGCAAGCGGUGCUGGCAGCAGUAACGCGAGUGCUGCUGCUGCUGCAGCCUCUCUCGCGGAUAUGCAACGCGCGAUGGAGCUGCAGCGUCAGUAUCUGGAAAUGUUACCCCAGAGUGGACCUGGGUCGAGCAACAACCGCCAGUCGAACUGGAAGUCCUAAGUACGACGACGAGCGAGUAAGCUAAAGGGGGCUGUAUCAAUGCAUUAGGAAGCUGCCGAGCAAACAAGCACAGCUCGUUGCGUUUCUUUUUUUAAUGACAGCUUGUUCAAACUAUGGUGCGUAAUUUUUAAUUUUUUUACAUACUAUUUUUGUUUAUUUCUUAAUCUCUAAUGACAUACAGCCUAGCAGUUGUUGUGUUUUUUGCUGAAUCAAAAUACAAAAGGUAUCAUUGUAAUUUCUUGCCCAAUUAAACAUAAACGCACAUGUUUGGUUCAAACAUGGUAGUAAUUCUAACGAAAAAUGCAAUCAACAAUUGAUAUACCUAACUGCUUAAAAUACUGCAACUUCAUUUUCUUCGAUAUCUACAGAGCAGUGGAAAAUGUACCUACCUAGUUAUUUUUUUUUCAAACAAAGUCAAAAGUGGAACAAUCCCAUUUCAUUUUCUGUUGUUUGAUUGGCUCUCAACCUAAAAUGAUUGCAAGCCAAUUCGAUCACGUUUGAUAGGAAAUUUAUUUUCAUUGAAAAUUCAUCCAAGUUGGUAUUAACCGAUGAAUAGUAUAUUGCCUAAUCUUAGUAAGGAUCAAUUCGCUAUAUAGCUAAUUGUAGCAUUGAUUACGUUAAGGGUCGAUUGCGAAGUCUGGUUAUACAGAAUGCAUGUAUUCUUUUGAAUAAUCUAUAUCAAUUUUUAAAGUUUUGCCUGCUACUUCUUAGGCAGGCACAGUAAUUUAACGGCUUGCACCUGGCAGAAGUGCUAUUGUUGUUGUUGGUAAAUAUAAUAUUCAAUACUUUUUUCAAUGUAUUUAACGAAAGCAAACAAACCGAAUUUUCCUAAAUCUGUCGAGCGCCGGGUGUUAGUCUAAUUUUUAUUUUUACCGUUUAAGGAUAUUUUUUAAAUAUUUAUUCGUGACUUGAAAAUGUUCCUUCCGUAUUGUUUUGCAAUGUUGAACAGUGGAAAUUCUGAGGGACAACUUUUUGCAAAGUCUUGCUUUGAAUUUCUUAUAAGGAAAUAAAUUUGCGAUGCUCCGUUUAGGAGUUAUAAUUUUCAAAAUGUGAUGGUUAAUGAAAUCAGGAAGUUUUUAUUGAAGCUUUGUUGACAUUUAUGAAUUCUCUGUUGCCUUUGGUCUAAACCUGUUGUAGGACAAUUAAUUCCAGUUUAACGGCUAACACAACUGUGGCAGCCUAUCUGCGUAACUGCAUUUGAAUUCUAAUAAUAGAAGCGAGUUAGUGAUUUGAGAGUUGCAGUUGUUUUUUUUGGUAUCAAGAAACUACGUCUUGCUCAAGAUAUUAAAAAAUAUUUGCCAGGGCUAACUAAAUUAGUAUUUCAAAUUGCAAAAAAGCGAGGAUUGAGAGACUAUUAAUUUAAUAUAGGAUAUUGUAUUUGAAUACUAAGGUGUAGGACAUGGUAGGACAUUGAGCCUGUAAUAUAUGGAGAACUGCUAUCUUGAACUCAAAAUAUUUGAAGAAAAUUUGCCCUAGAUACCUAUUGCUUAUUUUCACUCGUGAGGCUGAUUUUUUUAAUAAAAGUCGAAUAGAAUCGGAAUAGAAUUAAUAGCGCAAUUUAAUUGUGGAAAUAGUUUGACAUUUCGUUCAUUCAACUUUCGUAUUCUACUAAACUAUUCUACAAAAAACAAACUUUAGUCCCAAAUUUUUAACAAAAAUAUUGUUAUUUUAUUACAAAGUCGUUAGCAUUGCUCUACAUCUACGAUAAGAUGCGAUACGUUUCCACCUACCCAUUAUUUUUGAGAAAAAAAAGCAUCAAAAGGGUUGUGUUGAUGAUUACGUAAGGCAGGCUUUAGUGACGGGACUUGGACCCGGGCAUGGGCUUGAAUUUGGACUUAGCAUUGAACUUGGACGUGGUUAGACAUAUUCUAGGUUAUGCGAUGACUGGCUAGUCGACACCCGUCAUUGGAGGCGCAUAUUGCAGUAGAAUCAAAUGUGUAGGUUGCACAGGUAUUUUCCCCAGCAAUGGUAGGUCAUAAACCGGAUUACCACUGGUGGGGUCCGAUUUACUUACUUACUUACUGCGCAGUAUAAUUUCUCUAUCUAUUUCGGUCCAUGGCAGCUGGUCUCCAGUUCCGCGGGCACCUAAUGCUCACCAGAUCUCGCUCCACUUGGUCUUGCCACCUCGUUCGCUGUGCCCCUCUUCGUCUUGUUUCUACCGGAUUUGAUGCGAAAACCAUUUUUGCAGGAUAAUUGUCCGGCAUUCUAGCAACAUGUGCUACCCAACGUAUUCGUCCAGCUUUAACCACUUUCUAAAUACUUGGUUCGCCGUAGAGACGCGCGAGCUCGUGGUUUAUUCUUCGCCUCUAUACAUCGUUCUCUUGCACUCCGCCAAAAAUGGUUCUUAGCACCCGCCGUUCAAAAACUCCGAGUGCUCGUAGGUCCUCUUCUAGCAGUGUCCACGUUUCAUACCCUAGAGAACAACCGGUCUAAUUCGCGUUUUGUACAGUGUUCACUUUGUACGGGGGCUCAGAUUGUUCGACUGCAAGUGUUUGCGGAGUCCGUAGUAGGCCCGACUUCCGCUGAUAAUACGUCUUCUAAUUUCACGGCUGGUAUUGUUGUCUUCUGUUGCCAGUGAGCCAAGGUAUACGAACUCGCCGACUACCUCGAACUCAUCCCCGUCGAUUACCACGGUACUGCCCAAGCGGGCCCUGUCGCGCUCGGUCCCGCCCGCCAGCAUAUACUUCGUUUUAGACGUAUUUAUCUUCAAUCCAAUCUUCUCUGCUUCGCGUUUUAGUCUGGUGUACUAAUCUUCCACUGCCUCAAAUGUUCUGCCGACAGCAUCCACGUCCUCAGCAAAGCUGAUGAAUUGACUGAUAAAUCCCCUGCGAGAUUCGAAUGGGUCCGACAAUCCACCCGAGAUUCUCACACAGCACUGGAUCCCAUCCAUCGCAGCCAUGAUAAGUAGCCGUUUCCCGGAAAGCCGUUUUCGUCCAAAUUUUUCCAUAGCUCUUGUCGAUUUACGCUAUCAUAUGCGGCUUUGAAAUCGAUGAAGAGGUGGUACGUGGGGAUUCGGAAUUCGCGGCACUUCUGGAGGAUCUACCGCAGGUUGAAACUUUGGUCCGUUGUAGACCGACCCUCCAUGAAGCCAUGGUAACUUCCCACAAAUCUAUUGGCUAUAGGCGAUAGUCGAUGAAAGAGGACUUGGGACAGAACUUUGUAGGCGGCAUUCAGGAUAGUGAUUGCUCGGUAGUUCUCACAAUCCAGCUUAUCACCUUUCUUGCAGAUAUGGCAGAUAACCCCCUCUUUCCACUCCUCCGGUAGUCGUUCCGUGUCCGAAAUCUUGACAAUCAGUUGAUGCAGACAGCCGGUCAACUUGUCCGGGCCCAUUUUAAUAAGUUCCGCUUCAAUGCCAUCCUUUCCCGUGGCUUUGUUGUUCUUCAGCCGCUGGAUGGCUUCUUUAUCUUCCCUUAUCAAUGGGGGUGGUUGCUUGAUGCACCAAUGUGGUCAAUUCCUCCACUAUCAUGGUCUUCCGCCUGCACGCCAUUCAAGUGUUCAUCGUAGUGCUGCUUCCACCUUUCGAUCACCGCAUGGUCGUCAGUCAAGAUACCUCCAUCUUUAUCUCUGCACAUUUCGGCCCGCGGCACAAAGCCUUUGCGAAAUCCGUUAAGUCUCUGAUAGAACUUCCGUGUGUCGUGAAAGCGGUACAGCUGUUCGAGUUCUUCGCACUCCUUCUCCUCUUGGUGGCGCUUCUUCUCCUUGAGGAGUCGGGUUUGCUGCCUCCGCUUCUUUUUGGAUCGCUCCACAUUCUGACGGGUGGCUCUACGCAGCAUUUGUACCCACGCUGCGUUCUUUUCAGCCAAUAUCUGCUGGCAUUCCUCGGCAAACCAUUCGUUACGUCGAUUCGGUGCCACACGGCCUUGGACGUUCCCCGCUACGCUGUCAAUGGCUGUUUUCACGGCAUUCCAACAGUCCUCAAGAGGGGCUUCAUCCAGCUCACCCUCUUCCGGCAGCGCGGUUUCGAGAGAUAACGCGUAAUUUUCGGCGACCUCCGGUUGCUUCAGUCGCGCUAGAUUAUACCGUGGCGGGAGUCGGUAUCGUAUGUUGUUCAUAACAGAUAGUUUUUGACGUUGACGGGGUCCGAUUUAGAUCGCGGAAAAACAGCUAACGGCGAGAUGCCACGAUAAGAACUUCUUCGACAAAUGUCAAAUCCUGAAUGUUUCACUCUUAACAAAAUUAUUUUUCCAUGUCAACGUUUGCUGUGAUCAUGAUUUGCCUUUAGUACGACUCAAUUACAGACUAAAUUGCACAGUACGCAAUAAUAAACAUCACAACAAAGUUUUUGUCCCAUAAGUAAUCGAACGGGGGAACUUAGAUACCCAAACGAUGGAAUUAUUCCCACAUCAGACCGACAAGUACAACUGAAGCAUCCAUCAUUAACUGGUCUACUUUACUUCAAAAUUUCAUCAAUUAUGGAAUACGGAAUGCGAUCACGUAUGUAUGCACUAAGAUUGUUUCACUGCUUAUUGUAUCUAUGUGUCGUCUGUGCUUGGGAAAUUGAUAAAUCGUUUUUUAGUUUUUGAUUUACAGCCUUUCUUUCCCGAAGCCAUAUCCCUUCUCCUAAAACAAAGACGUAUCGUAUCUUGUCUUAGCAACAUUUAUACAUAUACUACAGGUUCACUAGCGUGUGUCCACGCUAUGUAAGUGUGUCUAUCAUGUUAUUACAUAAUGCACGUGUAUUUUAGGGCACACGUGGGACGAGUUAAAUGGAAAAAAACGAAACUUAAUUAUGAUAAACCAUAAAAAUGUAAUUGUUGAAAUAAGCGAAAAGCUUAUUCAACAAUAAUAAAAAAAUAAAUAAUCUAAAAUUAUUCGUAACGUUCGAAAAAUUUUCUUAUAAUAAAACAAAAAAUCAGUGUGUGUGUUUUUUUUAUGAGCCGCAUUUCGGAACGAUUUCGGAAGCAGUUAGUACCGUAUUAGAAAAAAAAGUUGGCCAAUAUUCACGACAGUUUGAGUAUUCAUAUGCAACUUUUCCGGUGAAAACGUGACAGUUACAGUUUUAUGUAAGAGUAAAAAUAUUUGGAGUGCGAAAUCUGGAAUUGUAUAAAAUUAUAUAGAAUCGAGGCGCAUUUUUUUUGUCGGAACCGUAAGGAAAACGCGAAAAAUUUAGGCAAUGUAACAAAAUUCUAAAGAUAGGAAGAAAUCCGUAAGAUUAAGGAAGGGAAACAGUCGUAGAAAAAUUGUAGAAUUUAUAAGGCGAAACGAAUGUUGUGAACUGCUUUGUCCGAUAAUUUUAAAGAAAAAAUCUCAUUAAAUCAUAAAACUUCAACUAUUAGUGUACUAUAAAACGUUUUUAUUUUUACUUGUACUAAAAAAUUGACUCGGUAUUGAGUUCUUUUCAUUGCUGCAAUUUUGCAUCGUUAAAAAGUAUUUUUGGUUAACGACAUACAUGUUCGGCUACUUCUUUUGUUAUGAAGCUCAAUGAAAAUGUUCGCCAAAAUUAAAUGUUCCCUU